AUAAAACUGAAAAUAGAAUUUCUCAUCUGAAUGAACCAUGGAGCCAUAGCAAGAAAGUUAAAAUUUACUAGUCAUAGUCAAUCAAGAAAUCAAAAGUUUUAUGCUAUAAAUACACAUUUGAUAGAAGUGCUGGCCGGUGAGGAAAUCUGAAGACUAGGAAACAUGGAUGAGAAUACGCCACUGCUCGGUAAAGGCGCUGUUUCCAAUAGACACAGGCCAUUGAUUAGAUCAAGCACCACUUUUGAGGGACAGACAUCGCUGCUCGAGAACGAUGCUUUUCCAAAUUUAGAUGAAAGACAUGAGGAUCUUUCUCGUUCGAAAACAUUCCAACAAGAAGCAGAAGUUGCCGUCCCUCUGGAAGAAAUUGUGGAAGCACUGUGUUCAGCAUGGCAGCGAAACAGAACACUUAAAGCAGAAAUCACUUUAGGUUUUUUUACCACACGGGAACUGUAUGCAAUGCAUUUAGCAUGGGUAAACGUCACUAGAGGAAGGCACUGUCAUUUUGAAGGGCACAUUAUUGCGGAAGCUUUAGCUGUUGCAAUUGCAACUGUAAUAUUUCCCAAAUUCCCAUUUCCUUUAUGGCAUCUGUCGUUUAUAUCCUGGAAUUUAGCAUUCCACGCUGACAAAAACCUCCUUGCAGUAAAUUUGCUGAGAGAAUGGAAACGGAUUACUGAAGGAGAUAAAAGUUUUGAUGCAGAAAAUUUCACAAUAUUAGACGACUCCGAUCAUCUACUUCUAGACGAAUCUGAAGAAAACCUGGGAUUUUGGAAAAGACAAACUCGAUCGUAUGGUGCAAUUCGAUCUUUCAUACAUCAGCCUAGAUUUCAAAUACCACUGCACACUUUGUUAAUUAUCUGGCCUGUUUCUAUCGAGAUAAUAGCUACUAAGUUCAUGGAUUGUCCCAUCAGCUAUCAUAUCUUGUAUCUGUUGAUGAUAUUAGGGGGCAUAGGAUGCCUGGCUAUUUUUAUUCGACUGGCAUUGAUACUCUUCACGAAGCAUGCUGAAGAUCCAGACGACUUGUUUUGGGGAUGGACUACAUUGAGACUGAUUGAAUUCAGUUUUUUUAUUGUAUUCAUCAUUCAAGCGUUUCAUUUCUUCGAUACCCAUCCACCACCUGAAGAAGGCCCCGAUGAAUGCUCACGAAACUUCUACGAUGCUGCUCUAAAGGCCAAUUGGGUUUCGAUUGUUCUUGUUUCAGCUUAUCUAUUACUAUACAUCAAAAGCAUUUGCCUAAAUGAAUUCCGUGCUUCACACUAA